UCUCUCUCUCUCUCUCUCUCUCUCUCUCACGUCAAUGAUUGGUUCCCCUAAAUUCACUAAUCAAACAACCAUUCACAAGAUUCUGUGUUCAGAUCCGAGCAGCUAAAAAACAUACUCUCUCUCUCUCUCUCUCUCUCUCUGUUUCUUUCUCUUGUUUGUUUCUUUCCCCUUCUUAUGCCUUGUGGGUUUUCCUUUUUCAAGCACAAUUUUAGGUUUUAGCAAUUGGGUUUACCGGAAUUUACAAAAGUCUGCAUUUUUAUUUCUGGGUUUUGUGAUCAGAAGAUAAAAACUCGAGCUUGUUGUGAUUUCAAGUUCAACAAGCGUUUGUUGAUGCUCAUCUACACCUCAAAAACUAGUUCCAGGACUACGGGUUAAUCGUGUUCCUUCUCUGAGGGGAAGACGGGAAAUAGUCGGGAUGAUUGGACUUGAGGAUAGAAAAGUUCCUAAAUUUGGCCGUUUUCUCGUGUCUUUUAAAAUCAAUGUUACGACUCCUGUUGUGGAAUUUUCUCAGCAGCCAAACAAAUCUAUUUCCUGUUUCAGCCUGCGUGAGCUCGAUUAGAUCAAAAGGAUUUAUAAGUGCUUCGAUAGACCCAUAGAAGAUACAAAGAAGCAGCAGCAGCAGCAUAGAGACAGGCUCUUAGACAAGUUUGAAGGUUCUUUGUGCUUUUAUGCGAUAAAAGAUGGUUGCCUUUGGGAAGUAUCUGAAGCGGAAACAGAUCGAUGAAUGGAAAGGGUAUUACAUCGAUUACAAAUUGAUGAAAAAGAAAGUGAAGCAAUAUGCUGAGCAAUUACAAGUUGGAACUCAACAUCCACGCCAUGUUCUCAAGGAUUUCUCAAGGAUGCUGGAUACCGAGAUUGAGAAAACUGUUCUGUUCAUGCUGGAGCAACAAGGGCUGGUUGCAAGCCGGUUAGUGAAGCUGAGAGAAUGGCAUGACAGUAUCCAAGAGCAGCCGGACAUCUCCAGCAUUAUCGAACUCAGAGAGGCAUAUCGAGAAGUUGGGAGAGAUCUUUUAAAGCUUCUGAAGUUUGUCGAGAUCAAUGCUGUUGGUUUGCGUAAGAUACUAAAGAAAUUUGACAAACGGUUUGGCUAUAGAUUCACCGAUUACUAUGUGAAGACCCGUGCCAAUCAUCCUUACUCUCAGCUUCAACAAGUGUUUAAACAUGUGGGGGUGGUAGCUGUUGUCGGGGCCAUUUCCCGGAAUCUUCACGAGCUGCAGGAAAAUGAAGGAAGCUUUUAUUCGAUAUAUGACCAACCUGUUCUUCCUCUUCAGGAUCCUGUGGUGGAUUCGAUAAAGGCUGCAGUGGACAAGUUAACCCAUUCAACAAACUUCCUCAAUUUCAUGGCCCAACAUGCCCUUAUCAUGCAAGAUGAACUGCAAACUCCUUCAGAGGACACCAUUGAUGAUCGGAAAUACCACUUUAUGUCGUUGCUCCUAAAUUUAGGGAACACGUUUUUGUACAUGGUCAACACUUAUAUCAUUGUCCCUACGGCAGAUGACUACUCAAUGAGCCUUGGUGCUGCAGCUACAGUUUGCGGUAUUGUCAUUGGAGCAAUGGCUGUGGCUCAAGUCUUUUCAUCUGUGUAUUUCAGCGCUUGGUCCAACAGAUCCUACUUUAAACCUCUCGUGUUUAGCAGUAUCGCCCUUUUUGUCGGAAAUGCAAUGUAUGCAUUGGCUUAUGAUGCCAAUUCUAUCGCACUUCUCUUACUCGGACGUGUCUUUUGUGGAUUGGGAUCGGCAAGAGCUGUAAACCGAAGAUAUAUCAGUGACUGUGUACCUCUGAGGAUACGGAUGCAGGCAUCGGCAGGGUUUGUGAGUGCAAGUGCUCUUGGAAUGGCGUGUGGUCCUGCAUUAGCCGGUUUACUUCAAACGAACUUCAAGAUCUACAAGUUUACAUUUAAUCAGGCCACUUUGCCUGGCUGGGUUAUGGCCGUGGCUUGGCUGGUCUACUUGGUAUGGCUUUGCUUUUCGUUCAGAGAGCCAUUACGUGACCCAGAAGAAGAACAGUCCAAAUCAAACGAAUCGCGAUCAAUUACAGAGAGAGAUGACAAUGGCAGAAUCGAGGAAGGUAUCAGAAAAUCGUUACUGAUUUCUUCAGAAAACAAGCAAGAAGAUGAGGAUGAAUGUGAUGAAAGUGAAGAAGCUCCAGAAGAUUCUCGCAGGCCGGCAAAUUCUCUUGCAUCUGCAUACAGACUUCUUACUCCAUCUGUUAAGGUUCAACUAUUAAUAUACUUCAUGCUCAAAUACGCAAUGGAGAUACUGUUGUCGGAGUCAAGUGUCAUUACUUCAUACUACUUUGGUUGGUCAACAAGCUCUGUUGCAAUUUUCCUUGCUUGUCUUGGCCUUACAGUGCUUCCAGUCAACGUUAUCGUCGGAAGUUACAUCAGUAACAUGUUUGAAGACAGGCAAAUUCUCUUGGUAUCUGAAAUCAUUGUCUGUCUAGGUAUUCUAUUCAGCUUCCAGCUGUUCAUCCCAUAUUCUGUACCACAGUAUGUCAUCUCAGGUCUCAUCAUGUUCGUAGCGGCUGAAGUACUUGAAGGUGUGAAUCUCUCGUUGCUAUCGCGGGUAAUGUCGUCUAGGCUUUCCCGAGGAACGUACAACGGUGGAUUACUGUCGACGGAGGCUGGAACGUUGGCCCGAGUUAUCGCAGAUGCAACGAUCACACUGGCUGGAUAUUUGGGAAGGAGCCAUCUCUUGAAUGCCACUCUUCUCCCUUCUCUUCUGAUAUCCAUCGUCUCCAUUGUUGCUACUUGUUGUACUUACAACUCUCUCUAUUGAUUUGCUUCAUGGCCUUUACAUAAUGGUAUGUUUUUUUUCCUUUUUUUUUUUUUUUUGAGAUUUUGGGUUUGGAUAGCAUAUUUAAUUUAUAAUAAUUGUCACAAGGCCUCAAAUGGUGUAUACACAAAUAUAUAUAUAUAUAUAUAUAUAUGAGGAAAUCCCAAAUUUUUUGA